CUCUCCCCGGGGGCAGGAUAUCUGGGGAGAGAGAGAGAGAGAGAGAGAAGGGGGGGGGGGGGGGGAAGGGGGGCGUGAGCAGGGUGGCAUAGAGGGGCAGUGGCAGAAAGUGAGGAAGGGAAAGGAAUAAACUCUCUCUCUACGCUGCUUCUCUCUCCUCCUUUCUCUCUCCUAUUUUCCCUCCGCUCUUGCCAUUUUUCCUCUCUCUCUCUCUCUCUCUCUCGAUAAAUCUCAUUUCCCCAUCUCCAUUCCCAUUUCCUCGCUCUCGCUCUCUCUCGUUCUCGCUCUCUUGCGCUCUGCGCGUGUCGCUCAGGAUCUCAAUCAAUGUUGUUCUGCUCGCUCUACGCUCGGGUCGUCUGCUUACUCUUUCGCAGAUUACGGUUAGGCUCCUCGCCUUUCUAAUGGAUUUGACAUUCCUCCGUUCGCCAUAUAUGGGGUGCUAGGGUUUCUGAUAUGUGAAUCUGCCUGUACUUUCUGUUGGUUUCUCUCUCUAAAGGCAGCUUAUUUUCCUUAAAUUGGUAUGUUCCAUUUUGUCGUAUUUUUGAGCUUCCGAGCUCAAUUCUCACAUUAUAGCUUAUUCUGAGUUCGCGAUUUGUUUCGAGAGAGGGUUAAGGACUUCCGUCUUGUUCGUUUCAGGGCUGUGCCCUUCAGUUUGAAUGGUUUGGAACUGUUGGUGGAAAAUUGGUGUGAGAUCAUAAUUGUAGACAUGAGUCACACGUCGAACGAGAGUGAUGAUGGGAUGCUCUCCAAGGAUCGGAUUGAUUCACCAUUGGUUGAUGAAGGAAGCUCUGGAGGAAGUCCAGGUGGAGUUGUUCUAAAGAAAGGGCCGUGGACGUCUGCAGAAGAUGCAAUUUUGGUAGAAUAUGUCAAAAAGCACGGGGAGGGGAAUUGGAAUGCUGUUCAGAAGCACUCAGGGCUUUUUCGUUGUGGCAAGAGUUGCCGCCUGCGAUGGGCAAAUCACCUGAGGCCAAACUUGAAGAAAGGGGCUUUCACUCCAGAAGAGGAGCGGCUUAUCAUUGAACUCCAUGCCAAGAUGGGUAACAAAUGGGCACGGAUGGCUGCACAUUUGCCUGGACGUACAGAUAAUGAAAUAAAGAACUACUGGAAUACUCGAAUUAAGAGACGUCAACGUGCUGGGCUACCUCUUUAUCCUCCCGAAGUAUGUUUGCAAGCAUUGCAGGAGUGUCAGCAAAGCCAGAACGCUAAUGGGAUUCAUAGUGGGGAUAAAGGACACAGUGAUAUAUUGCAAGCUGGUACUUGUGAGGUACCUGAUGUCAUAUUUGAUGGUUUGAAAGCCAAUCAGGGUAUCUUGCCAUAUGUCCCAGAACUUCCUGAGAUCUCUGCAAGUAGCAUACUGAUGAAAGGUUUUGGGUCCUCGCCAUAUUACAGUUUCAUGCCUCCAACAUUGCAUCGUCAGAAGCGUUUACGAGAAUCCACACCCUUAUUCCCUAGCUUUAAUAGUACUGCUAGAAAUGGGCUCCCUUUGUUUGAACAGACUCAAGAUGAUACUCGUGAUAAAAUUUCACGGUCUUUUGGUUUUUCUUUUCUAUAUGAUUCUGACCCUGACACCAAGAACUCAUUGUCUUUUGGUCUAACUCAGGGUUGCCAUUCCCUUCUAAAUGAAAAUUUCUCUGCUUCUAAGCCCACUUCUGGGGCCAUGAAGUUAGAGCUCCCUUCAUUCCAAUAUCCAGAAUCUGAUUUAGGUAGUUGGGGCACAUCUUCACCACCGCAAUUACUUGAGUCAGUUGAUUCUUUUAUACAGUCUCCUCCACCGACUGGGAUGGUCCAGUCAGAUUGUGUUUCACCACGAAACAGUGGCCUAUUGGAUGCUUUGCUCUAUGAAGCAAAGACCCUGGGCAGUGCAAAGAAUCAUUCAUCCGACAAGAGUUCAAAUUCAUCAUCUGCUGUUUCUCCUGACAAUGCAGCUGAUGAUUCCAAUCGGAAUAUAUCUGAGACAGAAUGGGAAGCCUAUAGUGAUCCAAUUUCUCCAUUGGGUCGGUCUGCAGCAUCAAUAUUUAAUGAGUGUGCUCCCAUCAGUCACAGUGGAAGUUCGUUGGAUGAAAACCAGUCUUUAGAAAUCUUUCCUGUUUGUAAUGUCAAGUCAGAACCAGUUGACCAGGCCUGGAAUGAAGAUGCACAAAAGGAAGAAGCUUCAACUCAGCUGGAUUUUUCUAGGCCCGAUACCGGACUUGGUUCUGAUUGGCUGGAGCAGGGAACUGGGUGUAGCAAGGAUCAAGGUGGCAUGACGGAUCCUAUUGCCACUUUUCUUGGUGAUGAUUUGAACGACGAGUACAAGCAAAUGGGUGCUGGUGGGAGUUCUUCAUUGAGUCAAGGUUGGGGGCUUGGUUCUUGUGCCUGGAACAACAUGCCUGCUGUUUGUCAGAUGUCUGAGCGUCACUGAAACCUUGGUCUGUCAAAUGCAUGAACUUUCUCGAAACAUUUCUCACUCCAUUCAUGUUUGCAAUUUUCUUUGUCGGGGACAAUUUGGUCAGGUAACCAUUGGACCAACAAAAAACAACUGAAAAAGAUUGUCUAUGUUUUUUGGGGUGGGGUAGGGGAAGGCUGCGAUUUGUUGUGUAUGCAUGUGUUGUUCUGGUUGUAUCAGUUUAUGGAUUUGUUUAUUUUCUUGCUGUGCAAACCAGGGCUGUACAUGUAUGCCAACAUGGAAGUUCAGGGGUAGUGUAGGUGUGAACCUGCAGGCUUUUGCUAUGAUUUUAGAAUAACGGAACACUGCCAAUCUGGACAAUUGUUUGUGUCGUAGUGAUUGGUUAUUAGAUGGAUUUGAAGUAACUCUACUGUGAAUAUUUUUCUA